AUGUCUUCAUCCCAAUCGCCUGGUUCAACAUCAUACUUUGAACAGCAGCGCGCGGAGCUGCUGAGAGAAAUUUCACUGAGUUUUGAACAAGUCCUCCAAAAUAUAAACCGAUUAAAUCGAAAUCUGGAAAGUGUCAUCGCAGUUGGAAAUGAAUUUUCCUCCGUAGAAGCUCUAUGGUCUCAAUUCGAAAACGUCAUGGCCAAAGAUGGCGAGGGCAGUGGGGAAAAGGAACAUGACGAAGAGCGUGCGAGAGAACGGGAAGAUUCAGAAACAACUCCAAAGGGGGACGGAAGUCAGAGCCCGGGUGCGGAUGAGGUAAAACAGGAAGAUGAUGAUGAAACAAUAAGAUGA